CCGCUCACUCGCACCCUUCUGAUUUCCCGUGUUUUCCAGACUUAUCUGACAUAAUGUGUGACGAUGAUGUUGCUGCUUUGGUGGUAGACAAUGGCUCCGGCAUGUGUAAGGCUGGUUUUGCCGGAGACGAUGCUCCAAGAGCUGUAUUUCCUUCCAUCGUUGGAAGACCACGUCAUCAGGGUGUCAUGGUCGGUAUGGGACAGAAAGACAGUUAUGUUGGUGAUGAGGCCCAGAGCAAGAGAGGUAUCCUCACCCUGAAGUACCCAAUCGAGCAUGGUAUAGUGACAAACUGGGAUGAUAUGGAGAAGAUCUGGCAUCACACCUUCUACAACGAGCUUCGCGUUGCCCCAGAAGAGCACCCUGUCCUUCUCACUGAGGCCCCUCUCAACCCUAAGGCCAACAGGGAAAAGAUGACCCAAAUCAUGUUUGAGACCUUCAACACGCCAGCCAUGUAUGUCGCUAUCCAGGCUGUACUGUCGUUGUAUGCCUCCGGACGUACCACUGGUAUUGUCCUUGACUCAGGUGAUGGUGUCACCCACACAGUUCCAAUCUACGAGGGUUACGCUCUUCCCCACGCCAUCCUUCGUCUUGACUUGGCUGGCCGUGAUCUCACUGAUUACCUCAUGAAGAUCUUGACCGAGCGUGGUUACUCAUUCACCACCACUGCUGAGAGAGAGAUUGUCCGUGACAUCAAGGAGAAGUUGUGCUAUGUCGCCCUUGACUUCGAGCAGGAGAUGGCCACCGCUGCUUCAUCCAGCUCUCUGGAGAAGAGCUACGAGUUACCCGACGGACAAGUCAUCACGAUUGGAAACGAGCGAUUCAGAUGCCCAGAGGCCCUUUUCCAACCAUCUUUCUUGGGUAUGGAGUCUGCUGGUAUCCAUGAGACCACCUACAACAGUAUCAUGAAAUGCGAUGUUGACACCGCAAUGUACGUCGCCAUUCAGGCUGUCCUGUCUCUUUACGCCUCCGGUCGCACCACUGGUAUCGUCCUCGACAUCGGUGAUGGUGUCUGCCACAACGUUCCAAUCUAUGAAGGAUACGCUCUUCCACACGCCAUUCUCCGUCUCGACUUGGCUGGCCGUGAUCUCACUGAUUACCUCAUGAAGAUCUUGACCGAGCGUGGUUACUCAUUCACCACCACUGCUGAGAGAGAGAUUGUGCGUGACAUCAAGGAGAAGUUGUGCUACGUCGCCCUUGACUUCGAGCAGGAGAUGGCCACCGCUGCUUCAUCCAGCUCCCUGGAGAAGAGCUACGAGUUGCCAGACGGACAAGUCAUCACUAUUGGUAAUGAGAGGUUUAGGUGCCCAGAAGCCCUUUUCCAACCGGCCUUCUUGGGUAUGGAGUCUGCUGGUAUCCACGAGACCACAUUCAACAGCAUAAUGAAGUGCGACGUUGACAUCAGGAAGGACUUGUACGCCAACACCGUCAUGUCUGGUGGCACCACCAUGUACCCAGGUAUUGCCGACCGUAUGCAGAAGGAAAUCACAGCCCUUGCCCCAAGCACAAUGAAGAUCAAGAUCAUUGCUCCACCAGAGAGGAAAUACUCUGUAUGGAUCGGUGGCUCCAUCCUUGCAUCUCUGUCGACCUUCCAACAGAUGUGGAUCAGCAAGCAGGAAUAUGAUGAAUCUGGUCCAUCAAUUGUCCACAGGAAGUGCUUCUAAACGCCAAAGUAACCGAAUGUACGUUCCCUUGCUUCGGUGAUAGCAGAUAAGGAGGAGAACCAUGUUAUCGAGGACAAGGGGAUGACGCCCGACUUGGUGAUCUGGGUUCAAUGACUCUAAUGCGAAAAGCUUUUGGAAGGUGUGCUUGAAUCAUACCUAAAGAGAGGGACUGGUCGCAGGCUGACACUGGUCCAGACUGUGAUAUUAUCUCCGUCGUCACAUAGGGACAUCUUCGCCCCGUUAAAGUGUUGCACGUUCACUUUUUAAGUCUAUCUAAUGUCAUGCAAGGAAACUUAGAACUCUGACCUGACAACUAGCAGAGCAGCAAGUUGAAAAGGAUAACUGUGCACUUAGCACGAAUCGUUAUUAUUUGUAGAAAGUGCCAUUUUCCCGAACUGCUGAUCAAGAUAUCCCUAUAAUCAUCGUUUUGCAGUAAAUAUAACAUUCUUAUAUAAAAUGUCAUUAUUUAACGCAUAGUCAUAUUAAACACAUCAAAUUUUCUAAGUUGCUGUUUUCAACUCUAUAGUUA